AUGGAUGUCAAUCUGAGAAACUAUUCCGCAUCACCGGCAUUUGCCACAUUCCCAACCGCUAGCCGUGCUGGUUAUGGCUGGCGAAAGGCUAUCUCGUAUCAGCAGUUGCUUGAUGAACUGAAGGACGACUCCGUGACAUUCACUCUAGAUGUUGUCUUGUAUGCGAAGCACAAUCUUGCACUUAUUCCGGAAUCGAUCAUCUCCAAACCAUUUGAAGCAGAUGGGAAAUUCCUGUUGAACUUCACUACUCGCCAAAGCAGUCUGCUGAUGUCGGAAGAUCAGUCGCAUUCAACGGACUUUGUCUUACACUCCAGCGACGGUCAGGAAUUUGCAGUAAGUUGCAAUUUCUUUGCAGCACAAUCUCCCGUGUUCGCUGCCAUGUUCAAGCACGACUGCAAGGAGAAAAAGGAGUCACGCUGUGAUUUGGUGGAUGUUGAUGGGGAAAGUUUGGGAAUUCUGUUGGAUUAUGUUUACGGGUGUAAAUUUAGCAAGAUCAAUGUGGACAACGCGGAGAAGGUGCUGGUUAUGGCUGAUAAGUACGAAAUGUUGGAUCUGCGCUCAGUGUGUGAGCAGAUCCUGGCUGAGAAUAUUCCACUUGAUAAAGCUGCUCAUUAUUUCGUAUUAGCCAAACAGCGCGGCUUGGAUACACUGAAGAACGCAGUGUUGGAUGUCCUGCCGGGCAAUAUGGAACGCGUUCUGCAUACCGAAGCAUUUCAAGAGGUCAUGGGAUCGGAUGCUGGUCUGUUGCCGAUAAUUGUGGAAUACGCCUCAAGAAUGCAAGAAUAA